ACCCAGGUGCCCCAGGGCUGGUGGAAUUUUAUCUGGUGGCCUCCUUUCUUUAUGGAGAGGAUAGCUCUGUGAACAACGGGCUAUUUGUAGCCAGAAGGUGGUAGGAGCAGUCAGGCUGGAAAGAGAAGUUGUAGGGAUGGGAAAAGAUGCUUACAUGGGGUAAGGGAAGGGAUUCUGAAGUAACCCCAAUCCUGGAAAUCAAAGUUGUAAAAAUACUAUGUCUUUGUGAAGAAUGGGGAACACAACUGCCAUUAGUUUUCUACAGAGCUUAAAGAGGGGAGGAGCCUAGAAAGAAACUGGAAGAAAAAAGACUUCCAAAAUUCCACUUGUGAGGGUUCCAAACAUCACCACCUCUCUCUGCUAAAAAGGCAGCAUGGUGUAAAAUGCACAAACCCUGGAACUAGCCAGAUUUCCCAGCCUAAGAUUAACCACUUAAUCUCUUUAUGCCUGGUCUCCACAUUUAUAACAUGGACAUAAAAUAAUCUCCACUUUAUAGACUCAGAGUAAGUUCUAAAUGAGUUAACACAUGUAAAAUUAUUCAAGUAAUGCCUAUGUCAUGGCUAACACUCGGAUGAAUGUUAGCUCAUUCACAUUCUACAAGCAAUACCCUGCUUGAAUUUUACACAAAUAAGUCUAUUAGUUUUACCUCAAACAUAAUUACUUUUGUCCCCAUUUUACAGGUGAAGACACGAUGUAAAAGGAAAACAAAUGGUUUGGCCAAGUCCCUACAACUACUACGUGAGCAAACAGGAACUGGACACGAGGUCCCCAAACUCCAGCUGCGUUUUCUGAGUGUCUAUUCCGUGCCAGGUGGUUGAGAAAGUGCCAAGAAUUUGUGCGCGCGUCUGCCCACCAAUUCCCUGCGAUGAGCAAUAAGUGUUUUGGCUUCAAGAAACUGCUGAUUCAGAACGGCUGGUUCAGUGGCUGUGUCCUCUGCCCGCCCUGCUUGUCACACAUUCUUUUCGUGCCCCCAGAGCAAGAGCAGGGCUUAUGGCAUCGUGGCGCAUGGUUCGUAUGGCGUGUGCAAGAGCGCGCUGGUGCAGAGGGCGGAGCGUGCGGCUUUCCCAAUGUGUAUCUGCCAGCCAUUGAGGAGACCUAUCGCCAGGUGCUGAGCUGCAGACCCAGCCUGGGGGCUCUGCACGUCACCGACGUUGCCCGUGGCCACCGCUACCUGGAUCUCCAGUGCCUCACCAUUGCCUUCAUCCUGGUGUAUUCAGUCACCAAGAAGCAAACCGUGGAGGAGCUGAAGCCCUUCGGUGAGCUGUUCCGCAAAGUCAAAAGCAACAACUGGAAUAAGUAUUCUAUCUACUGGUGUGCAGCCAACGCAAUGAAAGCGGCUGGGAGCUGACUGGUGAGGGACCGCGCUGCCUGCGCCUUGGAGUGGAAUUGCCCGUUCCUAGGGGCCUCCGCCCAGACGGCUAUCGGUGUGCAGGAGCUGUUUCACAUACUGCUGAAGCACGGGAAGCAUCCUGCCACCUACCUCCACCAUCCUGAGAAGAAAUCCCAGAUGCCCAAGACCGCCGAGAAGAUGCUACGUAAAUACAUCAUCACGUGAGUUCUGGGUGUUAGGAUCCCGAACUUCUCCUAGAGUGUGCGGAAACAUGGACCCGUCCCGGUGUAACGUGUCACUGUUAAAUGGUUGAAACAUUGGAGGAGGAGGUAAAAAAGGAGAACGAUGCAUUUAAAGACCACUUGGAUAGACUGUAGAGAUUAAUGUUUGAAAAAGAGAAUGAAAUGCUGAAAUGAAUUGAAGAGGCCACUGCUCUUCGCGUAACUCUAUCGCAUGUUAUUUUUAAACAUUUCAAGUCCUGUAAAGUCUCCAUUGUAUACUUAAUUGUUUAAAAAAUGUAUUUUUGCAACAAAAGCUGUGGCAGAUAGCUUUUAGACAGAUAUGUUAAACAAGAUAAAUAAAUGGAUAAUCUAUGGCUGAGCAUUGGGGGUCGGGGAGAGAAAAUAGUGAAAAUGGAACUUGCUUACUAAAUAUGUGCUAGUUAUUUCCUAACUCAUUUAAAAAUGUUUGGGUAUUCCACAUAGCAGUUUUUGUGGCUUAAGGCUUUUCCUGCAAGCUUUAUAAUUUCUUUUUCACUGGACAGCAAAAAUAUCCAUUGCAUUGAAAUUUCAACCACAUCUGGGGACGGUUUCUAAUAAGAAUUUUACACAGGGAAGCUUAUUCCCUCUUGAAAUUAGCCAGUGGGGGCAGGGGUGCAGUUAAGGAGUCCCCACCAUGCAGAGCUGGUUUAUAUCCAUAACCUUUCCAGGACUGACAUCCAAAGGAACUCCAGGCACCUCUGAAGAGGAUGCUCACUCUGUUGCUGUCCCAGGACAAAAAGGUGGCAAAAAGCAGCCUUUGGCUGCUUCAAAAGUCUUCCCUCAAGAAAUGCUAGA